UCUAGUACAACUACUUUCACUUCAAAGAAUUAAAGAAAAAAAUUUUUUUUGGUUGAAUUUCGCGGGCGAGUGCUAGCCGGGAAGUCUAACGGGCCAUCAUUCCGGAAAAGGGGUUUUGGAGGGUGAAAAAGCUUGUUUUUUGAUUGAGUGAAGGCGAGUUUAAUCGCAAGUGAGUGACUCACUGGCUCAUUAAGUUGAAAGGUUGGCGAGAUAUGUCUUUCCAGCAAAAAAGUAUCUGGACGCCAAGAGAUGGUGCGUUUCUAACUAAUGGAGAGAUGGGUUACAAUAAUUCUUCAAGAUCUGAACCAAAGCGUGGUCAUCAGUGGUUCAUGGAUGCUGCUGCACCAGAAUUUUUCAGCAACAAGAAGCAAGCAAUAGAAUCAGUUAACAGCCGACCGGUUUCAGGAAUUGCAGACAUCAAUGUUUCUCCUUGGCACACUGCUUCCAGUUUUCAGUCAGUUUCUGGCCAAUUCAGUGACUGUCUAUUUCGAUCUGAGCCCAUGCGAACUGUCAACUUGGUUGAUAGGAAUAUUUCUUCCGUUGACAGUGGAAAUAUGAAUAUGGGAAGAAAGGAUUUUGAGGAUCAAUAUGGUAAUAGUUCAUCUGCGGGUUUGUCUAAGUCUCAUGCCAUUGAAGAUCCCUCUUCUAGUCUUAGUUUUGGUGGAAUAAGGAAAGUUAAAGUCAAUCAAGUUAAGGAUUCCAACAAUGGCAUGCCAGUGUCAAUAGGACACCCACAUAGUAGAGGAAUUAUUAGCACAGUUUCAAUGUCUACUGUUUACAGUAAAAGUGGUAACAAUGCUAUAUCGCUGGGCCCAACAUAUGGUAGUGGGAAUGAGAAUACCAUCUCAAUGGGCCCCACAUUUACAAAGGCAGAUGGCAAUUUUAUUUCAAUGAGGCACACCUUUAACAAGAGAGAUGGCGACUUCAUAUCAGUGGGGCACAAUUACAGCAAAGGAAAUGAGAGUAUCUUGUCAAUGGGUCAGCCCUUUGACAAGGAGGAUGGCAAUUUUAUUUCAACCGGUCAGUCAUAUGAGAAGGGAGAUGCCAAUUUAAUUUCAUUGAGCCCUUCCUAUGGUAAGGGGCAGGAAAAUUUCAUUUCAAUGGCCUCUGCAUAUGGUAAACCAAAUGAGAAUCUUAUUUCAAUGGCGCCCUCUUUUGAUAUGGAAGAUGAUAAUGUCAUGCCAAUGGAACCAUCCUAUCAUAAGGCAGAUUAUAACAUCACAGCAAUGGCUCCUACACAAGACAAACGAGAGUCCUGUGUCUUAUAUAUGCAUCAAAACUACAACAAGGGUGAGAACAAUACCAUAUCUUUUGGGGUCUUCCAUGAUGAAUCUGAGACAAAUCCCUCUGGCAGUAUUAUUAGUGGCUAUGACUUAUUGAUGAAUAAUCAGAAUUCAGAACAAGCUCCAGAAGUGCCUAGCCAGCAACAGUUAGUUGAGUCAAAUCCAGAUUCAAAUGUAAAUAGUUCACCUAAAAGUAAUUCUAGAAUUGAUACCAGUCGAAAGCAUAAAGAACCAAAGGCAGCUAAUAAGGUUUCUCCCAACAAUUUCCCUUCCAAUGUCAAAAGUUUGUUAUCAACUGGUAUGCUUGAUGGGGUUGCUGUGAAGUAUGUUUCCUGGUCGCGGGAGAAAAACCUUAAAGGAUAUAUACAAGGGACUGGGUAUAUGUGUGGCUGCAAGGAGUGCAAGUUUGAAAAAGCUUUGAAUGCAUAUGAGUUUGAGCGCCAUGCUAAUUGCAAGACCAAGCACCCCAACAAUCACAUUUACUUUGAGAAUGGAAAGACCAUCUAUGCAGUUGUUCAAGAGCUCAAGAACACUCCACAGGAGAUGCUUUUUGAUGUAAUUCAAAAUGUGACAGGGUCUCAAAUCAAUCAAAAGAACUUUCACAUCUGGAAAGCAUCAUAUCAAGCUGCCGGCCGUGAACUUCGGCGUAUCUAUGGAAAGGAUGAUGUUGUUGUGUCAUCUUGAUAUGGAGACUAUGCCUUUCAAAGCUUGUGAGCUGAUGGAUGCUAAUAGAUAUCUUGGCUUUCCAAAUUUUCUAAAUGAGACCUUUAUAUUUUGAUUAUCAUAAUUGUUGUGAGAAGUAGAAUUAAACUGUUCUGAGUGUAUAGGAUUGAAAUAUAGAGUCGCUGCAUCUGUGUCAGUCAUGGUGGGAAGGCAUUUCCCAUUCGACUUUGAAUGCCUUGGUAACUCUUAUCGGUCUUUUUAUUCUAUUCUCUACCCAUAGAUCAUUUGGAAUAGGGAAGAACCAUAAUGGGAUUCUUUAUGGAAACUAGUGCACCCAGAUGAUGCACCUGAGAUCAAAUAUGCCCUCAACUGGAGUAGCCAUUGUGCCCUGUAUAAAACUUGGCAUAAUGUGCUAAGGUCUAAUGGUAAGUGGCCUUGGUUGAAUGGUGAUAAAUCAUAUGGGGCUAAUAGAAUCUUUCUGAUGAUACUUACAAGCCCUUUUGAGUUGUCCCAAUCUUUGCUUUUAUGUGUUCAUCUCCUAGUAUGUUUUGAGUCAGGUGAUUCUGCCCCCAAGACCACCUGAACCAAUCUUUGAGCUACCUAGUUUUAGUGGCAUCUUGAAGUGGCUGCGUACGACUCAUUCUCUACUUAUUUGUGAGUGGUAUAAGAAACCAGAUUAAUGUCAUCUUUUAAUCGAUGACUGAAUCCCACCCACUUCGGGUAGGUCUCCCUAUUUACUUAUUACGACUUCAGUUUUAUUCACGUCCAUUAUAGGUUUAUAUUUUUGAAACAAUUGGACUUAUGAUUUGCCCUAUCAAUGGGCCAGAUGUGCAGCCUGGCCUGUGAACUUGAUCCAAUUUAAUCAGAUUUCUU